AUGUCCGAAGAACCUGAGAAAAAAGAGUGGCAUAUAAAAGACGCCGAAUUAGUCGUGACCCCAGCCCUUCCACCUGACUUUCAGAUCAGCCUUCAUACACACGAUACACAAGACGGAGAAUCAACAAUUGUUGAACUCAAAAUGGGCUCUCAUCCUGCUCCAAAGAUCACUUUGUAUACUUCCUAUGAUUGCCCUUGGGCUCAUCGCUCUCAGAUAGCUCUUGCUGAACUCGGACUGGAAUUUGAGACCGUCAUCAUCGACCUCAGCGUUCCACGGCCACCAGAAUAUCUGGCUAUCAACCCUCGAGGCCUCGUUCCUGCGCUCUCUUACAAUGGGGAGAUUCUCACUGAAUCUGGAGUCAUCUCUCAGUUCUUGGUAGAUGCUCAUCCUUCCCACUUGGAGAAGACCAGCCGUGAAGAAGGUGGUGCAUUGCAACGUGCCAGAUACAACUUCUUCAUUGAAACCUAUUUCUCAAAGGUUGCCCCACACGUGGUCAAGGCAGGAAUAGGGAAAACAUCGGAGGAAAGAGAGCAAGCUGCAACCAAUGCUAUAGAUGCGAUAGUGAAGGAGAUUGAGCCUUUGGUUCAGAAUGCAGCACCAUUCUUCGGAGGCUCGGAAAAAUUGACCUUUGUUGAAAAGAAAAAAGCUCCAGCCUUUUGGAAAUGGGCCAAUGCCGUAAGCAAAGAGAAGAGCGUCACCUAUAUCUGGGACGAAGAAGCUACAGCAAAGAGACUGCUAGCAAGAUAUAAGAAGCUUAGAGAAGCUUGA